GGGGUUGUUCCACUGUUGCGGAAGGUGUGAGCAGGUAGAGACUGGUUCAGAGAGAGAGCGAGAAAGAGAGAGAAACCCCACCCUGCCAAGUCUUCGCUUCUCUUGCAUGACUCGUCAUAAAAAUCAACACUAAACUUUGGGCUCAGGUGAUUAUGACGUGGUGUGCUCCUUACCUUGGACUCUUGCUGCCCUUCUUAUGUGUCGUGGUUUGGGGUGGGGGCGUCUCAGCCUUCAGGAUCUGUGCCUACAAUGUGCAGAAGCUUGACUCUAAGAAGGCAUCAAACUAUAGAGUGCUGCACACGCUUACACGGAUCGCUUCUCGCUGUGACAUCACACUCAUCCAGGAAGUGAUGGCUUCUGAUGGCUCCUUUGUCAAUACUCUGCUGGCAUCACUCAACAGGUACAGUGAAAGGGAAGAUCAAAGGUAUGAAGGUUACCACUACGACGUCGUGUCCAGCCCCAGUCUGGGAAAGUCUGCUGAUGACCUGCGGAACUAUGUCUUCAUCUAUAGGACAGAAACGGUGCAUGUAAUGGGUCAACAUCAGUACCAAGACCAGAAUCAGUUUGUCAGACCGCCGUUUGCUGUUUACUUCCUCAGCAACACAACUGCUAUCAAGAAUAUUGUUCUGGUCGGGCUGCAUGCAGACCCAAGCAGCGCCAUCCAGGAGAUGGACCACCUGUACGAUGUCUUCAAGCAAGUAUUGAACAAAUGGAAUAACGAGAACGUGAUGUUCUUGGGAAAUUUUCACGCUGGCUGCGCUCACAUGACACGCCCUGAUAAGAAGAACAUCCGACUGUUCACCAACAGCAGCUUCUUCUGGCUCAUCGGAGACAAAAUAGACACCACCAUCAUGGACGAGACAAGCUGUGCAUAUGAUCGGAUCGUCGUAUACGGGAAGUCCUUCCUGAAAGCCAUAACUCCGUUCUCCGCCAAUGUCUUCAACUUCGCUAAAGAGUUCAAACUGACCAAGACCACAGCUCUGCAGGUGAGCAACCACUUUCCUGUGGAGGUGACGCUCAAGAACUCCGCCCAACUCCUUCAGGCCAUGCCACGCUUGCUUCUGCUUACAGUCACCCUCCGCUGCUUUCUGGCAUAUCUAUGAAUUUCCCAUCCUUUCAUCAUAUUGGCAUCUUUAUGGGAGUUUUUCUACCACAUGAACAAGAUUGCUAAGCAUGCACUUGCUUCGCUUCAUCCUCAUCAGAAUUGUCCUGGGCCCAAUAAAGUCCUGAUUGUAUGUGACAUAAACAUCAAUGUCUCUGGUGUGGGUGCUGUUUUGUCGCCAAGUGGAGAAAACCCUUUUUCUUAGAACCAUGUUGAAACCCUACUGUCCUCAUGAACGGUGUCUUGGUCUACACACGAUACAAAAAAAUCACCAGACAUAAAUAAAUUCUCAAAAAGUA